AUGAGGUCGUCGUCCCGUUUGUUCUCUUACAAACUAGUAGUAUGCACCGAUAACACUUAUGAGUUCGAGGUUCUCGAGCCGACGGCGAGCGCAUGGGCGCCGCCACCGGCGUGUGGUCGCGAGGCUGCGGCGCUCGGCCGCGCUACAUGUCACGGGGAGCGAGCGCGCUCUUCGCGCCUUGGUCACCGACUCGCAGUGGCGUCGCCGUCCUACUGUCUGGCCGCGGACGGCGGCGGCGCGCGUUGCACCGCCCCGCUGCACUCCGCCUGCCCCCUGCCGUUGCCCCCCCCUCCCACACCCGCCCCGCCCCGAACAAUUUUCCGCAUCGGGCGGGAAAAAUCGAUUGUGCAGCGAGCCCCGAAUAAUUUCGGCAAGACGCACGGCGCCCUUGCAUCCUCACCGUCGCGGCCGGAGCGGCUUGCAGCGAGGCCGGUGAGGCGGUCCGGCGCAACUUGA